GUUCCGCCGGCUCUCGCAGGCUCUCAGGCGCCGCCUCGCUGCAGUGCUCAAAGAGUAGUGCCCGGGCUAGCAGUUCCGCCAAGCGCCCCGCGCUCAGGCACCUCAGCAACGCGCUACUGUACUCGCCCGCGCCUCUGCCCGCUUCGAAAUGAGGGUCUUGGGUGGGCGCUGCCGGGCGCUCCUGGCGUGCCUUGCCCUAGUGCUUCCAGUCUCAGAGGCAAACUUUUUGUCAAAAGAGCAUGCUUCACAAGUCCUGGUUCGGAGACGCCGUGCAAACUCUUUACUAGAAGAAACCAAAAAGGGCAAUCUUGAAAGAGAAUGCAUUGAAGAACUAUGCAACAAAGAAGAAGCAAGGGAAGUCUUUGAAAACAAUCCGGAAACGGAUUAUUUCUAUCCAAAGUACUUAGCUUGUCUUGGCUCCUUCCGAGCUGGAUUGCUCACUGCUGCACGUCAAUCAUCUAAUGCUUACCCUGACCUAAGGAGCUGUAUCAAUGCUAUUCCAGACCAGUGCAAUCCUCUGCCUUGUAAUGAAGAAGGAUAUGAGAGCUGCAAAGAUGGCCAAGCUGAAUUCACUUGCAUUUGCAAAUCAGGCUGGCAAGGAGAAAAGUGUGAUUUUGAUAUAAAUGAGUGCAAAGAUGCCUCAAAUGUAAAUGGAGGUUGCAGCCAGAUUUGUGAUAAUACACCUGGAAGUUACCACUGUUCCUGUAGAAGUGGUUUUAUAUUGCUUUCAAAUAAAAAAGACUGUAAAGAUGUGGAUGAAUGUUCCUUGAAGCCAAAUGUUUGUGGCACAGCUGUGUGCAAGAACCUCCCAGGAGACUUUGAAUGUGAAUGCCCUGAAGGUUACAGAUACAGUCCUAAAUCAGCAUCUUGUGAAGAUAUAGAUGAAUGCUCUGAGAACAUGUGUGCUCAACUUUGUGUCAAUUACCCUGGCAGCUACUCUUGYUAUUGUGAUGGGAAGAAAGGAUUCAAACUUGCCCACGAUCAGAAGAGUUGUGAGGCAGUUCCAGUUUGCCUGCCCCUAAACCUUGACAAAAAUUAUGAAUUGCUUUAUUUGGCAGAGCAUUUUGCAGGGGUUGUCUUAUAUUUAAAAUUUCGUUUGCCAGAAACCACCAGAUUUUCAGCUGAAUUUGAUUUCCGGACAUAUGAUGCAGAAGGUGUGAUACUGUUUGCAGAAUCUCUCGAUCACUCAGCUUGGCUCCUGAUUGCACUUCGUGAUGGAAAGAUUGAAAUCCAAUUUAAGAAUGAGCACACAACUAAAAUCACAACUGGAGGCAAUAUUAUUAAUAAUGGGAUAUGGAAUAUGGUGUCUGUGGAAGAAUUAGAACACAGCAUCAGCAUUAAAAUAGCUAAAGAAGCUGUGAUGAAUAUAAAUAAGCCAGGGUCCCUUUUUAAACCUACAAAUGGAUUUCGGGAAACCAAAAUAUACUUUGCAGGAUUACCUCGGAAAGUAGAAAAUGCACUCAUUAAACCGAUUAACCCUCGUCUAGAUGGAUGUAUAAGAGGCUGGAAUUUGAUGAAUCAAGGAGCUUUAGGAGUAAAGGAGAUCAUUCAAGAAAAACAAAAUAAACAUUGCUUUGUCACUGUGGAGAAGGGUUCCUACUAUCCUGGUUCUGGAGUUGCUCAAUUUAACAUAGACUAUAAUAACAUAACCAAUGCUGAAGACUGGCAAGUGAAUGUGACCUUGAGUAUCCGACCAUCCACAGGCACUGGUGUAAUGCUUGCCUUAGUUUCUGGUAACACAGUGCCCUUUGCCUUGUCCUUAGUGGACUCCAGCUCUGGAAAUUUUCAGGAUAUUAUAGUAUCUAUUGAAAAUGUGGUGGUAUCUCGAAUAGAAGCUGUAAAUCUAUGUUCUAGUCAACAAUCUCACCUGGAUUUCAAAGUCAAUAGAAACAAUUUGGAGGUGUGGACUCCACUUGAAACAUAUAUCAUCUACCCUCCAGACUUUAAAAGUCGACUUGCCAUCCUGGACAAAGCAAUGAAAGGAACAGUGGCUACUUACGUGGGUGGUAUUCCAGAUGUACCUUUCAAUGCCACACCAGUGAAUGCCUUUUAUAAUGGCUGCAUGGAAGUGAAAAUCAAUGGUGUAGAAUUGGAUCUGGAUGAAGCCAUUUCUAAACAUAAUGAUAUUAGAGCUCACUCAUGUCCAUCAAUUUGGAAAACAUGAAGAAUUCUUAAAGCAUCUUUUCUUUGCUGAUAAUGUAUCUCUUUUCAAAGUAUAAUUAUACUUAAGUCUAUAACAACUGGCGUGUUUUAUCUAUGAUGUGCAGUCUUUUGAUUAUUUUGUGGUACUUUGACCUUUUGGGAAUUUUUAAAAGGUCUUUUUUUCAAGAAUAAUUCUGUUGUGAUGUAAAUCACAUUACAAAAUUCUUCUGUUGCUGUCUAGAAAAUAAAUAAUGAAACAAAAAUUUUAAAUUUUAAUUUUUU